AUGCAUCAAAAAAAUAAUUUAGUAGAAGAUAAGUGCAAUGUUGCAGUUAUUGGUAUAGGUUUCAGAGCACCAAGUGGUAGUUUAACUAAAUCAAUUUCAAACUCAAAUCAACUUUGGGAUAGCUUGGUAAAUGGUUUCGAUGGUAUUGUAGAAACAUCUGAAAGGUGGUCUGACAACUAUAGUAUCGCGGGUGAUAUCGCUUGUAAAUAUGCUGGUCUUAUUCCACUUGAUGAAUGGAAGUCUUUUGAUCCAAUUUUCUUUGGAAUCAAUCCAAGUGAUGAACAUGUCAAUACAAUCGAUCCACAACAAAGAUUACUGUUAAAGUGUACAUGGGAAGCAUUGGAAGAUAGUGGUAUUGAUCCAUUGACAUUACGAGGCUCAAAUACGAGUACGUUCAUUGGUUCAUCUACUGUGGACUAUGAUAAUUCCAAUAAAUCUCCUUUUGAAACUCAAAAUAAUAUUUUUGGAGCAACAUCACAUUCACAAGCAAAUAGAGUAUCAUACUGCUUUGAUUUUCGUGGUGAAUCACUCACCAUCGAUACCGCAUGUAGUUCAUCAUUAAAUGCAAUUAAUCUUGGUUACAAAUCUAUCAAAUACGGUCAAUCUGAUGUAUCUAUUGUAGGUGGUGUUAAUCUAAUACUUGACCCAAAUUUAUCAAAAUCAUUUUCUCAUUUAUCAAUGUUAAGUCCAACUGGUAAGUGUCACACAUUCUCAUCGGAUGCAGAUGGCUUUGUACGUUCUGAAUGUGUCGGAGUUGUUGUAUUGAAGAGUUUAGAUCAAGCAAUAAAAGAUGGUAAUAACAUUUAUUGUGUUAUCAAUGGGGCAAGUUCAAAUGUAGAUGGUAACUAUGAUAAAUCAAACUUUUAUUCACCAUCGAAAUCAUCGCAAUAUGAAAAUAUUAAAUCUGCAAUCGAAUCUACCAAUGGUCAAAUCAAUGCAUCGGAUAUUGACUAUUUUGAAUGUCACGGUACUGGUACAUUAACUGGAGAUCCAAUAGAACUAGAAGGUAUUUCAAGAGUCUUUAAAGAUACAAACAAACAAGUUUUAAUUGGUUCUAUUAAAUCAAAUAUCGGUCAUUGUGAAGCAUCAUCAGGUAUAAUAUCUUUAAUCAAAUGUUGUUUAAUGUAUAAAAAACAAUCAUUUGUUCAAAAUAUCAACUUUAAAUCACCAAACCCAGCUAUCAAAUUCGAUAAGUGGCGUCUAAAAGUUGUUACUGAACCAACACCAUUUUACAAUAAUAACAAAAAAACAGUUAUGGCAAUUAAUAACUUUGGUAUAACUGGAUCAAAUUGUUGUAUUAUUUUAUCGGAAUAUAAUCAAGAUACUGUUCAAAAUGAAAUUAAUAUUAACAAAAAGUAUUUAAUACCAUUCUCAUCAAACUCACAAACAUCACUUGAUAAAUACAUACAAAUUAUUAUGGAUCAAUCAGACACUUUAAAUUUUAAUGAAUUUGUAAAUGAUCAAACCCAAUAUAAAUCAACAUCACUCGUUUCGAGAUCAGUUCUUAUUGCAAGUAAUUGGGAAGAAUUUAAAGAUUCAAAAAAUGAAAUCAAAACAUCCAAUACAAACACAAUUUCAAACAUUUCAAUUAAUAAUAUCACUCCAUUUACUGUAUUUGUAUUUUGUGGUCAAGGAUCACAAUUUAAUCAAAUGGCAUUUGGACUAUAUGAAAAUGAGGCAAUUUUCAAACAAUGGGUUGAUAAAUUCGACAGUGAAUUAUACAAAUAUUAUGGGUACUCUGUUUUAAAAAAACUAAGAUCAAUCAAUGAUAAAGAUUUGAAAUCAAUACACGCUCAUACAAUUGCCCAACCAUCAAAUAUUAUGAUUCAAGUAUCAUUAUAUGAACUAUAUAAACACUGGGGUAUCAAAGCAGAUAUAAUCGUUGGUCAUUCUCUUGGUGAAAUUUCAGCAUCAUAUUGCUCUGGUAUGAUUGACUUUGAAACAUUAUGUUAUUUAGUAUACCAUAGAUCCAUUGCUCAAAAUAAAACAACUGGUACUGGUAGAAUGUUAUCUGUAAAUAUAAGUGCUGAAGAAUAUCUUUCAAACUAUUCAUCAAAAUACCCAACAGUGAAAAUUGCAUGCUACAACUCACAAUCUUCAAUUGUAGUAUCUGGUCAAGAACAUUUAAUUAAUCAAAUUGUAGAUGAUUUAAAAUCAAAAAAUAUAUUUUUUGUAAUGCUAGGAACAUUAUCCUCACUCCAUUCAUCUAGCCAAUUAGUUAUUAAAGAUGAAAUAUGUUCAAUGAACAUUUUAUCAAAACAAUCAACAACACCAACAUUUUCAACAGUCACAACCAACCUAUUUAACCACGAAACAACACCAUUCAAUUCAGAAUAUGUAUUCGAAAAUGUUUUACAACCAGUAAGAUUCACUCAAACCAUUUCAAACAUAUAUAAAUAUAUUGAGGAAAAUGAACUUGGAAAUGAAGUCACAUUUAUUGAAAUUGCACCACAUUCAACAUUAUUAUUCCAUUUAAAUCAAAUGAAAUCAACACAAUCACCAUAUUUUAAAAAUGGAGAAAAAAUUACUAUUCAUUCACCACUUCACAAAAAGAAAAAUGAUUACAAUGAAUUCUUAAACACAAUUUCAUCACUUUAUGUAAACAACUCAUAUAAUAUAAAUUUCAAAUCACAGUUAAAUCAACAAAACAACAACAAUUAUAUUCAUAAAGCAUUAAACAAACUGCCAUUAUAUCAAUGGGAUGAUAAAAUUUAUUACAAACAAAAUUCAACAUAUGAAAAGAUUAAAAAAGAAGGACCUGCAAUUCAACAUCUUGGUUUUACAAAUGAUUUAUCAAUUAAACUUUAUCAAACCUAUAUAGACACUAAAAAACAACCAUUCCAAUGGCUAAAAGGACAUCAAGUUAAAGGUAAAUACUACUUCCCAGGGUGUGGAUACAUCAUUAAUUUAUUCAACAUUUAUCCAAAUCAAGAUAUUACAAUCAGCUCAAUUGAAUUUAAAACACCAUUAGUUUUACAAGAUGAUACUAAUCAAUGUCUACAAACAAUAGUAAAUACACUUUCAAAAAAUGAAUACAAUGUCAAAUCACACUUCAAAGAUACAACAUCAAAUCAAUGGGUAUUAUGUUCAACUGGUAAUUUUAGUUUAUUCAAACAUGGUAACGAAAUAGACCGAAUUAAUAUCGAUGAAAUAAGAAAUAGUUGUAACUUUACCAAACUAUCAAAAUCAGAGCUUUAUGAAUCAAUUAAAAUCAAAACCGGAUUAACAUACAAAGGUUUAUUCCAAGGUGUCAAAGAUUGCUAUGUAGGUGAUAACUGUUCAUUAACGAUUGUAUCAUUAAAUGAAAUUCAAAAUCAAAAUGAAUUUAAUCAUUUACUUAACAACGAUACAAUGAAAUCAUUCUUUAAUGCUGCAAUUCUUGAUACAUGUUUACACGGAAUGAUAAGUUUUAUCAACCAUCAGUGCCAAAUUGUAUUAGAUAAAAUUGAAGGAUUAAAAUAUUACUCAUCAAACAUACCAUCACCAACUGAUCAACAACAUUCUGAAAUAUAUGUAUAUUCUGAAAUGAAAACAAGGGUCAAUUUAUACUCAUACUCGGGAUCCAUUAAAAUAAUGUUAAAUGAUGGUACAUUAUUAAUUGAAAUCACAAGUGUAAUGUGUACAUCACUUACACCAAUCAUUGAUAAUACCUUAAUUUCACCACCACCAUCCAAUGAAAUCUAUCUACCAAUUCAACAAUCAAAAGACUCUACCAUUAAUAAACCACAAUCAUUCAAAAACAUGUGCCAAUUAGAAGAAUUGGGGUUAGAUGAAAUUUAUCAACAAAUAGUAUCAAAUGAACAUUUAUUAUCAUUAUUUUAUUAUCAAAUUAAUCAAAGACGUCCAACUAUCAACAGAGAAUCAUUAUCAACAAUAGACUACAAUCAAUUCAAACAACUCUACCACAAAUCUAACAUAAAUGAAAAUUUAUUUAUCUUUAUUUUCGAUCUUUUAAAAAAAUAUAAUAACCUAGGUAUCAAUAAACAAUUAAAUCAAUUCCCUAAUGGCAAUAGUGAUAAAAGUAUUAUAAUGAAACUUUUAGAAAAAACAACCACAGUGAUGGCAAAACUAAUAUUCCCAUUAGAGGAUGACGAUCCAAACAUUGACACCCCUCAAACAUUAUAUGAACAUGGAUUAUUAGAUCAAUUUUAUCAAAGGUCAAAUUUUGUAAGACCAGCAAAUAAUUUACUAAGUGAAAUUGUUUCAGAAUCAAUCAAACCAAUUAUUAAUGAACCAAUUGUUUUCAGGAUCAUAGAAUUUGGAGGUGGUGUGGGAUCGUUAUCAAUUUUAAUUUUAGAUAAAAUUAACAAACUUCUAAAUGAUCACCCUACAUCAAAUAUUGAUAUAGAAUUCACAUGGAGCGAUAUUUCAGCAUCAUUUUUUUCAGACAUUAAAGAAAAACUUUCAAACAUUAAAGGUGUCAAUAUAAUCUAUCGUACUGUAGAUUUAGACAAACCAUUAAAAGAACAAGAAUUAAAAGCAUCUUAUUACGAUAUGGUUGUAAUGUCAAAUGUAUUACAUGUGGUAAAACAACUUAAAAUCAUUUUAAAUGAAAUUCACAAUAUUUUAACACCAAAUGGUCAAAUUAUUUUUGUUGAACCCCCAUACAAAUCAUUAUAUCUAGACUCCAUAUUCGGUGUAUUCUCACAAUGGUGGCCAUCAUCAGAAGAUAUUGCCAUCAGAAAAGAUAGAAGCUGUAUGAAACCAGAAAGCUGGUUCAAAUUACUUAAUGAUUGCAACUAUAAAGAUACCACAAUAUCUGGAAAUCCAAAUGCAAUAAUUUUAAUUCAAACAAGAAAACAAAACAUAAAUGAAAUGGUAUUAUCAAAUGUAGAAACAAUGAAACAAUUUACAUUACAUGAUAAUAUAAUAUUAUUUGGAAAUAGUAGAUAUUGCACACAAAUCAACGAAUCGUUCAAAUCAAAUCAAUUAUUAAGUUCAAAAAUGAUUCAAAUUGACAACUUUAAUGAACUUAACAAUUGGGCUGUAAAAUCAAUCGACUCCAUUAGACAAAGUAAAACAUUAAUAAUCUUUAUGAAAGCAAUUGAUCCAUUAGAUAUCAGUAAUUAUAAAGAAAUAACACUUGAAUACAUUCAAAUAAAUCAAAUGUUACUUCAAUUUGAAAUUGAAAGCUUUUUUAAACAUGUUUUAAUACUAUUAAACUCAACAUCAAACAACUACUUAUCAUCAUCAAUCAAUGGAGCAGCGAAAUAUUUUGCAGAAUUCCCACAAUUAGAUCUAUAUUCAUUAGAUUUCGAUAAUACAUCAAUACAAAAUCAAAAUAUAUUAUCACUUACCGAUAUUCUAAUAAAUUCAACAUCAAAUAUUCAAAGAGAAUUUUCAAUUAAAAACAACACAGUAUAUUAUGAAAGAUACAAAAAACAAACUAAAAUUAAACAAUCAUUUAUAUCUAACUCAUUUGAAAAUAAUAAAGAUAAUUUAAUGAUUCAGUUUGAUCCUAAUUUGGAAUAUAAAUUAAAAACUAAAAAACAAGAAUUAAAACCAAAUGAAAUUGAAGUUCAAAUAAAAGGUACCGGUAUCAACUAUAAAGAUUAUUUAAUGUAUAUUGGUCAAAUAAAAAACUAUUUUGAUCUCAAAUAUGGCAAAAAAGAAGAAGUUGAAAAUGGAUUAUAUCAAAUGCCAAAUAUUGGAAAUGACUUUAGUGGUAUUAUUACUAGAUGUGGUAGUGAUGUAAAGAAAUUUAAAAUUGGUGAUGAAGUGCUUGGGGCUGCUCGAAAAACCAAUGGAUCACAUAUUAUAAUGGACUAUAACUAUGUUCAUUACAAGCCAUCAAAUAUCUCAUUUAUACAAGCUGCAUCCAUUCCUACUAUUUAUGUUACCACAUUACACAGUAUAUACAAUAUCGGAAAUUUAAAAACAGAUCAAACUAUUUUAAUUCACUCAGCAGCAGGUGGUGUUGGUCUAUCAGCACUAGAGCUAUUAAAGUGUAAACAACACAAAGGUUAUAUAUUUUUAACAGUGGGCUCAAAAGAUAAAGAAGAAUACUUGAUCAAUAAAUAUGGCUCAUUUAUUACUGGUAUCUAUUCAUCAAGAAAUAAAAACUAUGUUCAUCAAAUUAAAAACAAAUUAAAACAAUUACAAUGUGACCUAGAUCAUCAAGGUGUAGAUUUAAUAUUAAAUACACUUUCAUCUGAAUAUAUGGAUUCAAAUUUCCAAUGUUUAAAUACUUGUGGUAGAAUUGUCGACCUUUCAAUUACACAUUUAACUCCAAAUGAUUAUAUGACAAAUAAUCACUUUAAAUACAACUAUGGAUAUAAUAAUGUAGAGCUUGUUGAAUUUUCAGGACCAUUAUAUAAAAGUAUAUUAAAAAAAGUAGUUAAACUGUUUAACUCAAAUAAAUUAGAACUAAUUCCAAUCAUUGAAUUUUCAAAUGGUCAGUUUAAAGAUGCAAUCGAAUAUAUAAAUCUAGGACAACAUAUUGGUAAAAUCGUUGUUAAUCAUGAUAUAGAUAUGUUAUCAAAAGUAUUUAAUGAACAAAAACAAAGUAACUCCAUUAUUAUGAAAAGCAGCUAUGAUACAUCAAGAUUAGAUAUCGGUAAAAAUAUAUUAGUUACAGGUCAAACAGGUAUUAUAUUAGAAAUUAUGAAAUGGCUAGUUAAAUAUUCAAACAAAUCAAUCGAUAAUAUUAUAAUUUUAUCAAAAUCACCAUUAAAAUGGGAAUUAGAACUUUUAAUCAAUCAAACUAAACAUCAAAAAGAUAACACAAUUAAUUUCCACUUUAAUCAAAUCGAUAUUGAAGAUAGUAAAAAAGUUCACAAUGUAUUAAACAAUCUAGAAUCAAACUCAAACAUUACAAAUAUCGAUACUGUGAUACACUUUGCAUUUGUAAAUGAGAUUGGUGAUAUCCAAGAUGUCGAUUUGAAUGGUUUAAAUAUUGCACAUGGCGCAAAAACAAUUGGUGCAAUCAAUUUACACAAUGAAUCAAUUAAACGUUCAUGGAAACUAAAACAAUUUAUUAUGGCAUCAUCUGCUGCUUCAAUUACUGGUUCACAUAGACAAUGCUGUUAUGUCAGUGCCUGUAAUACAAUUGAUUCGUUAUCAAAAUAUAGAAAAUCAAUUGGACUACCAUCACUAUCAAUAAAUUUAGGUGCAAUAUCAUCAACUGGAUUUGUUUCAAGAAAUGAUGCAAUCGAAACAAUGUUUGAAAGUUUUUUUUUAAAACUAAUUUCACCACAACUAAUUUUAAGUUCACUAGACCUCUUCAUUCAAGAUAAAAACAAUCAUUCAAACUACUGUUUAUCUGAUUUUAAUUAUGAAAACAUAGUAUCUCUAAAAUCAAACUCCAAUCUUAUUAAAUUUGACUAUCAAACAAAUAUUAUUAAAAUAAUCAACAAAUCAAAUAAUUCUAACAAAAAUGAAAAUAUUAAAUUUCAAUUUUUAAAUAAAAUAUCAGAACUACUUUCAAUUGAAGAAUCAAAAAUCAACAUGGAAUUCCAAUUAAGUCAGUAUGGUCUCGAUAGUUUAGUUAUUGUUUUAUUAAAGAAUUGGGCGGAUUGUCAGUUUGGUAUAAAUAUAAUUUCCAUUCAACAAUUACAAAACAAUAUAAUAUCCAAAUCAAUAGAGAUUAUCAUCAAAGGUUAUGGUAAAUAA